GCUCGUCAAGCUCGUUGACUUACUUCCGUCCUUCUUUCGUUCAAUCGAGCGUAUGCGACGUUCUUUACGAUUUAGCCGUAAGGUAUUUGAAAACAUUUGGUCAACACGUCGAAUAACUAGCAUGGUUUUUGCAUGUCAACAAGAUUCUUUCCUCAGAGAGCUGAGGACACAGGUGUUGUCCUGUAAAUCAAGCAAACUUGCCGACAAGGCUGCGUACGAAGUUGUUCUGGAAGACACUGUCUUGUUUCCCGAAGGAGGGGGUCAGCCUGAUGAUAGAGGAACAAUUAAUGGCAUUGAAGUCAUGAGAGUGGUUAGACAAGGGGGACGUGCUAUCCAUUACAUUCCUGAGGCAGUUCCUGAAGCAACUGAAGUUAAUCUUGUCAUUGAUUGGUCAAGGAGAUUUGACCACAUGCAACAACACUCAGGACAGCACUUAGUGUCUGCCAUCAUUGAAAACAAGUUUGGUUAUGAAACAACUUCAUGGGAGUUAGGAAAAUUACGUUCACACAUAGAACUAAACUGCAAAAAGCUCACUGCAGAAGAAAUGGAAUGGAUAGAGACAACAGCCAAUGAAAUCAUAAGGAGAAAUACACCAGUCAAUGUUCAUAUUUAUCCUGAUGCAACUUCUGCUAAACAAGAAAAUGCAAGCACAAGAGGUCUUCCUGACGACCAUGAAGGUCCUGUCAGAGUGAUUGAAAUACCCGGUAUAGACAGAAACAUGUGUUGUGGAACUCAUGUUACCAAUCUUAGUCAAGUUCAGGUUAUUAAGUUGUACCCUGAGACAGAGUCAAUGCGAGGAGGUACCAGACUAUUCUUUUUGGCAGGAAACAGAGUUUUAAAGUAUCUGGGAAAGGCUCUAGAUAAUGAAAGAGCAUUGACAAAAAUGUUGAGUGUUGGACCUGAUGAUCACUCCACAGCUGUGGAUCGGAUUCAAACAUCACUUAAGGCUGUAAAUAAGGUUACAAAGUCACAGCUAAAAGAGAUUGCACAGUUGGAAGCUUACCAGCUUAAAGCAACAAGUGAAACAAAAACAUACCUCUUUAUACACAGAGAAAAUGGAGACAUGGACUACAUGAACGCAUUGGUGAAUGAACUAUCAGACCAGCCUCUUCCAGUGCUGGUGACAGUUGGCCCUGAUAAAGGGCCAGGACAGUUCCUUUUGUAUGGCAAUGAAAAACAAGUGGCCCAAAUAGGACCAAAGAUUGCUACUCUUCUGGAAGGAAAAGGUGGUGGGAAAAAAGGAAGAUUCCAAGGAAAGGCAAAUACAUUAAAAACAAGAAAUGCUGUAGAAGAUCUGUUAAAGGAAUUUUUCAAGUUAUCAGUAAAUGGUAGUGAAUAAUACGGCAACUUGUAUCAAGAUGUUAAAUUUUAAAUUUAGAGGAGUACUCCUUAGGCAGAAAUCCCAAUUAACCAUGUCUUUCUUUGAAUGCUGUUGUCUUAAAUUAGAAUUAUUGUAAACCAAAGCAAUUUAAUCAACGGCUUACGUUUUACUUUAUUUCUUAAUCUUAGGAAUAUGUUUAAAAACUUACCUGUCUGGUUCGCGAUAUCUUAUUGUAACUAUUAGUAAACAAUUAAAAAAAUAUUUUAAGUGACCAGUCACUUUGAACAGAUUUUUGCCAAAGGAAAGAACAUGUGCCGUUUUUCCAGUAGCUAUUCCUUAGAGCUUUGUGCGGCUUCCGCCACAAAAUAAAGCAAACCUGGUGUCAUCAUGCACCAUAUAAUGUCUUA